UUCAUCGGGUCCGCACACGCCGCACCACAGCAACUAGCAAACCAAAUGGCGUCUUUUAUAACGCCACCUCCUCAUCUCCUGUCCUCUUCCCUUCAAUCUAGGUAUCGUGCUUCUCUCUCCACCACCAUUACCACCCUCAAUUCGGCGUCGUUCCUUUCUCUUCAUCCUCUCUGUUUUCUGAAAUGGCGUCUUGUGCAAGUGAAGGUCUAUAUCCUCUGCAUAGGUCUAAAACCAUUCAUCUGGUGA